AUGCCGGGGCGCGGCGCGCUCUGCUUGGGGCUGCUGCUGCACGUCCUGCUGGGCUGCGACUCGGCGCAGCAGCCCGGCAGCUGCCCGGCCCCUUGCGUGUGCUCCGAGGCAGAAAAGACGGUGAAGUGCGUGAACGGGAACCUGUCGGCGGUGCCGCCCGACCUGCCGUCCUACGUGCGCAGCCUCUUCAUCACCGGCAACCACCUGGUCCGGCUGCCGGCCGGCGCCUUCUCCGCCCAGCGCCUUCCCGACCUCCGCGCCCUCAACCUCAGCGGUAACCACCUGCGGGCCGUGGAGGCCGACGCCCUGGCGGCCCUGCCCGCCCUGCGGCAGCUGGACCUCAGCGGCAAUCCCCUCGUCACCCUCAGCCCGCAGGCCUUCGGGGAGGGCGGCAGCCCGCUGGAGGAGCUGGCUCUCCGCGGAGCCCUGCGCGACCACGGCGUCCUCCUCAGCCUGGCUGCCAUGCUGCAGUCCGGGGCCCUACUCAACCUCAGCCGCCUGGAGCUGGCCGACAACGGGCUGGUGCUGCUGCCCGCCGGCAUGUUCACGGCCUUGCCCGUCCUGCGGCAGCUGGACCUCAGCAACAACUCCCUGGUGGGCUUGAGAAACAUCUCCUUCCAGGGGCUGGGCCAGCUGCAAAGCCUCGACCUCAGCAACAACUCCCUGGGGGUGCUGAGAAACAGCACCCUGGCCCAGUUCCGUGGCCUGCCUGCCCUCAGGCACAUCAACUUGGGCCGAAACACCUGGGUCUGUGACUGUGCCAUUGAGGACCUGGUGGCCUGGCUCAAGGAGAGCGACCAGGUGCAGGGCAAAGAUGGCCUGACCUGCUCCUACCCUGACAAGAUGCUAGGCAAAGCCUUGCUGAAGAUCAACAGCUCAGACCUGAACUGCUCUGUGCCCACAGACCUGCCUUCCCAGCUACAGACUUCAUAUGUCUUUUUAGGGAUAGUGUUGGCUCUCAUCGGGGCCAUUUUCCUCCUGGUUUUGUACUUGAAUCGAAAAGGCAUCAAAAAGUGGAUGCACAACAUCAGAGAUGCCUGUAGGGAUCACAUGGAAGGCUACCACUACAGAUAUGAGAUCAAUGCAGACCCCAGGUUAACAAACCUAGGCUCCAACUCUGAUGUCUGA